GCGCAUGCGCAGAUUGGGGAAGGUUCUGGAAGACGGGAGAGCUGCCGCCAUUUUGCGGGAAGAGGAGCCGGUCUACUUGCAGUGCUGCCUCUCUUGCCUAGACUCUAGGAAAUAUCCGAGCUUCACUCCCCACAGCAUACUCAAAGGAACGGAGAGAACCGGGACCCCCCUGCGGGGACCCGGAACUGAUCUGACAGGAUGGCAUCUGAUGACUUUGAUAUAGUGAUUGAGGCCAUGCUGGAAGCUCCCUAUAAAAAAGAAGAGGAUGAGCAACAAAGGAAAGAAGUUAAAAAGGAUUAUCCUAGCAAUACCACCAGCAGCACCAGCAACAGUGGCAAUGGGACCAGUGGAAGCAACACCAUCAGGGAGACAAGCAAGAAGAAGAGGAGUCGGAGCCAUAGUAAAAGCAGGGAUAGAAAGCGCAGUCAUAGUCGAGAUCGGGAUCGGUAUAGACGGAGAAAUAGUCGGAGCCGAAGUCGAGGUCGGCAGCGUCGUCACCGUAGCCGUAGCUGGGAUCGUCGACAUAGUAGUGAGUCACGAAGUUGGGACCGUCGUCGUGAGGAUCGUGUGCGUUACAGGAGUCCUCCACUUGCCACUGGUUAUAGGUAUGGACACAGUAAGAGUCCUCAUUUCAGAGAGAAGAGCCCAGUCAGGGAGCCAGUUGAUAAUCUGAGUCCUGAGGAGCGUGAUGCCCGCACAGUUUUCUGUAUGCAGUUAGCUGCCCGAAUUCGGCCUCGAGAUCUGGAGGACUUUUUCUCUGCUGUAGGCAAGGUUCGCGAUGUACGUAUCAUCUCAGAUCGGAACUCACGUCGUUCUAAGGGCAUUGCCUAUGUGGAAUUCUGUGAAAUCCAGUCUGUGCCACUGGCCAUUGGGCUGACUGGGCAGCGGUUGCUGGGAGUGCCUAUCAUUGUACAGGCUUCACAGGCAGAGAAAAACCGACUGGCAGCCAUGGCCAACAACCUGCAAAAGGGCAGUGGUGGACCAAUGCGCCUCUAUGUGGGUUCCCUGCACUUCAACAUCACUGAAGACAUGCUCCGGGGCAUCUUUGAGCCCUUUGGUAAAAUUGAUAAUAUUGUCCUGAUGAAGGACUCAGAUACAGGCCGCUCUAAAGGUUAUGGUUUCAUCACGUUCUCUGAUUCUGAGUGUGCCCGGCGGGCCCUGGAACAGCUGAAUGGCUUUGAGCUUGCUGGUCGACCUAUGAGGGUUGGCCAUGUGACUGAGCGACUGGAUGGUGGCACAGACAUCACUUUUCCUGAUGGGGACCAGGAGCUGGAUCUGGGAUCAGCAGGUGGACGUUUGCAGCUCAUGGCAAAACUGGCAGAAGGCUCUGGAAUCCAACUGCCAACCACUGCUACUGCUGCUGCUGCUGCUGCUGCCGCUGCCCAAGCUGCUGCCUUGCAACUGAAUGGAGCAGUUCCCUUGGGGGCCCUGAAUCCAGCAGCUCUGACUGCUCUGAGUCCAGCCCUGAACUUUGCCUCCCAGUGCUUCCAGCUCUCCAGCCUCUUUACCCCCCAGACCAUGUAAAUCAGUGGCACAGCAUACUGCCUCCUUGUGCCUCUGGAUCCUGCCACUUCACAUCUACACUUCCAUGGCUCCAUUUUGUGGACCAAGCCAUCCUGAGGGCAUGGACAUUGUCUCUGAGGAAAUUGGGGCCACCCUUAAGACACCAAGAAGAGCUCCUGCCCAUGGUCCCACUGGAAAUGGACUCUGCUGAGCAAAGCCCCCAGUUGAAGAGGAGAAUCCACACCUACAUUGAAUACCUGUUUCUCCAUGCAUAUCGUCUCUGAGAUUACCUUCUUGCCCUUUCCAACACCUUAGUGAUUCCUCCCCCAUUGGGAAGGCCAUAGGGCAUUAACUGAAGGAACUGACCUCUCUCCUUUUCCUGUACCUUUACCCUUUAGUCUGUCAAGGGAAACCCUUAGGACCUCUGAAUCAAGAGGACUGAGUUUGUAGGUGAACCUUGAAGGUGCUCUUUUUGUUACAAGGGCCCUGGGAGAUAGCAUGGACAUGUGCAUUGAGAAGCCAGCCUCAGACCUUAGCUUGAAGCAGCUUGAGGCCAGACCUACUGUAGGCUCAGCAUCUUGCUAGGAGGCAUGGAAGUGAUCUGUCCUGCCAGGAGGCAUGAGGAGUGAUCUGUCCUGCCAGGAGGCAUGAGAGUGAUCUGUCCUGCCAGGAGGCAUGAGAGUGAUCUGUCCUGCCAGGAGACAUGAGGGUGAUCUGUCCUGCCAGGAGGCAUGAGGGUGAUCUGUCCUGCCAGGAGGCAUGAGGGUGAUCUGUCCUGCCAGGAGGCAUGAGGGUGAUCUGUCCUGCCAGGAGGCAUGAGGGUGAUCUGUCCUGCCAGGCGUUUAGGGGCUUUCAGGAAUUUAGUAAAAGGUGGAGUAUGCCUUUCCAGUAUCUUCCAUCUUCCUUUGUAUACUUGUCCUUCCUCCCAUUUCCUCCCUUUGGCCUGGGGUGGGAGGAUGGAGGCUGCUACUCUACCACUUCCUGUGUGCCUCUACUGUGGCCUCAACCCUGGCAAUGAAAGCUGCUCUCAUCCCCUACCUGGGCGUGUGUGAGCCCUUCUCACCGGAUUUUAUACCCUUGUGUCUGUGUACAUAAAUAUAUAUACAUACAUAUAUAUAUAUAUAUAUAUAUAUAUAUAUAUAUAUAUAUAAACUUUGUACAAAAGGCAAGCCUCCUCCUUGUGGCUGCUGUUGCCCAUUUGUGUGUGGUCUUUGUUGUGUGUCUGACAACUUCUCACGAGCCCAACUCAUGAUGUUUCUAGGGAUAUAAAACAUUAGUAACACCACUGUGUUUAUUUAUUUUAUUUAACCACCUUUAGAAAGAAAAAUGAAAACUCACACCUGGGUGGGGUUCGCAUUCUGUAUCUGCAUUACACUGUUGAUCCUAUGGUUGUCUUCUCCAUCUAUCUUCAUCUUAACUAUCUCCAUCCCAACCACCCACUGGACAGAAUUACCCAAAGAGCCAAGUUGCAGCACCAGGACAGACUUAACAGGCUCUUUCUCUGUGCCUAAUGACAGAUCUUAUCUUUCCAGCAGAUGGCACUAUGACAGUACUACAUUCUACACUUCUUUUUUUCUAGUGGGGGGGGUUGUGAUCUUGAAGAGUUAAAUACCAGAGCUAAGCUGAGCUUUCUUAACUCUAUUGGCCUUUGUAGCUGCCUUUGACCCUCUUUGUAGUAGCAAUCCCAAUCCGAUAUCCAAAGGGGUUUGUGUCUUGUAUAACAGCAGGGUUCCCCUGACCUGAUGUCUACUGUCGUUCCUCUGUCAGUCCCCUCAACUCCUGCUUUCCAUGUGGCUCUGCCUGGCAUAACAGAGGCCUGAGACCAGUGAAUUCUAGGGAACUGAGUAUUCCAGAAAUACCUCUGUGAAAGGGAAGGUGCACCUACCACUGCCUUAAUAAUGGGGUGGGAGAGUGGCUGUCUCACACAGCUUAGGGACCAAAUGAGAAGGCCUGAAUUCAAGGGCAGGGUUCUGUGGGGCUCCUUUUUUGAUCUCUAUGGCAACAAAAUGCUAAGACUUUCUUAUGCUAAAAAUAUGGAUAAUUGCUGUUAGGUUUUAAUUUGUCAGCUCUCAGACUUCUAAGCCAGUGAUGUUAGCCUCUGGGGUUGCUUUUAACACAAAAUCAUUUAAGUACUUGAAGCCUGCUUGAGUCAUAAAAGGCCAGGGGGACUCUAGCUCCUAAGUCUGUUUGCUGCUUCUGUAACAAUACCACAGACUGAGUAAUUUGUAAAGAAAAGAAAUGUAGGCUGGGUGCAGUGGCUCAUGCCUGUAAUCCCAGCACUUUGGGAGGCUGAGGUGGGUGGAUCAUGAGGUCAGGAGUUCAAGACCAGCCUGGCCAACAUGGUGAACCUCUCUCUCUACUAAAAAUACAAAAAGUAGCUGGGCAUGGUGGUGGGCGCCUGUAGUCCCAGCUACUCAGGAGGCUGAGACAGGAGAAUCGCUUGAGCCUGGGAGGUGGAGGUUGCAGUGAGCCGAGGUCGCACCACUGCACUCCAGCCUGGGCAACAGAGCGAGACUCCAUCUCAAAAAAACAAAAGUGUAUUUCUCACAGUUCUGGAGGCUGGGAAUUUCAAGAGCAUGGUGCCUGCAUCUGGUGAGGGUCAUCCCAUGGCAGAAAGGCACAAGGUAGAAAUGAGUACAUGAGACAAAGGGACCAUGGGCCAAACUUGCUUUAUAACAGCCCUCUCAUGAUAACCUGCUCUGUGAUAGUGACAUUAAUCCAUUCAUGAGGGCUCUGUCCUUGUGACUCAGUCAUCUCGUAUUAAGCCCCAUCUUCAACACUGUUGCAUUGGGAGUCAAAUUUCCAAUGUGAACUUUUGGGGGACACAAACCAUAGCAUUUCUGAUUCUUCCAGGCCUAGAUCUCACAUGACGUUGCUGUUCUCCUGGUUACCACCCCCAUCCCUUCCCCCAUCUUAUCCUAGUUUGCUUUCUGGACCUGCAGGGAAGGGAAGGAGGAUGCACUGUUUUUAGGUAGAAGCUGCUGGCUAUGACCCAGCACCCUUACAGUUAUUGAUUUGGCUUCUAAUGCAUCUUGAGAAGUGCAGUGGGUACCGUUUUUGUUAGUCAUCCUGAGGCCAUGAACUGGGUCUUCUCAUGGCUGGCUUGGCUCCUUUAGACUAUUAUAAAUAUCCACAGGCCUUGCCUCCCUGCCUUCCUCUGCUUGGUUUCCUUAUGUUUCCAUCCCUAGGUACUUUGGCCUUCCUACACUCGGAUCCUUCCACCUCAGUUCUUUCUUGUUCUUAGUUCCUCACAUAGCCUCUUGCCGGGAGAGAGACAAUGUUGGAAGUAAGGACAUAUCUAAGACAAUUUCCAGUCUUACUCCAUAUAAGGUGAUGGUAUCUAGUGAGUGACAGUUGGUGUCGGUGUGUGACUCAGUGCCUUCUUGUUACUCAUCCCUCCAUACGGGGUGGUUAGAGUGGAGAGAAGCGGGCAGUGAACAGACUCUGGGCCCAGCUUAAGGUAAAAGAAACUUCCCUCAACAUCUACCUGCACAUGGUGGCUGGUGGGGUAGGGGUGACAUUGUGACCCAGAUCCUUUGCCAGCAUAGUUAGAAUUUCCCUACCAGUCGGCCGGGCGCGGUGGCUCAUGCCUGUAAUCCCAGCACUUUGGGAGGCCGAGGCGGGCGGAUCACGAGGUCAGGAGAUCGAGACCAUCCUGGCUAACACGGUGAAACCCCGUCUCUACUAAAAAUACAAAAAAUUAGCCGGGCGAGGUGGCGGGCGCCUGUAGUCCCAGCUACGCGGGAGGCUGAGGCAGGAGAAUGGCGUGAACCCCGGGGGGCGGAGCCUGCAGUGAGCCGAGAUCGCGCCACUGCACUCCAGCCUGGGUGAAAGAGCGAGAAUCCAUCUCAAAAAAAAAAAAAAAAGAAUUUCCCUACCAGUCUUCAGUUCUAGAAAAGAUUCUCACCUGAUUUUUGGCUUCCAGUCUAUGCUUCUGUAUUCAUUAAGGUGGCGGCAUUUCCUCAUUUCCUCCCUGUUCUUUAAACUGCUGUGCUCUUGACACAGGAAUUCUGCCAGCUUCCUCAGACUCCCAACAACCCCCAGAUAGGAGUUACCAGUAGAAGCAGAAGCUUGACCUGUGAACUUUUAGUCCUGGAGCAUAUCAUGAAGGGAACUGAGUAAAAACCUGAAGGAUGGAAUUAUAUCACAGUCCCUCUUCUCCCUGUAAUAGAAAGGCUUUAGUGAAAAUCAGGCAGCAAUACUUGGACAGUGAAAAGAGACUCUGAAAGGUGAGGUGACAGGAGGUGGCAUAAUGGUCAUUGUUAACAUUUAUGCAAGGUUGGUUGUAGGUUAGGCAUUCUAAUCAUGUGUAUUAAGUCACAAAAUCCUCACAACAAUCCUCUAAAGUAGUUUAUUAUCUUUACUUUGUAAACAAGGAAACAUAUCCAAAUAGGUUAAUUUUCCCCAUAAGCACAAAGUUAGCAAGUUAGGGAUUCCAAUCCAAGUACUCUCACUUCAGAUCCCUUGAUCUUAACCUUACCUGCCUCUCAGCACCACCGUGGAAGACAAGGCCUUGGAGUCAGUGAGGAAGUGUCACUUUUCCUAUCCCUGUACCCAUAGCUCUCAGUAGACUCAGAAUUUUUCCACUGCCAUGUCUUUGCUUAUCUUGAGUGACAGUGUUUGUGGGUGAACCUUGAAGGUGCUUUUUCUGCUACAAGGGCCCUGGGAGAUAGCAUGGACAUGUGCAUUGAGAAGCCAGCCUCAGACCUUAUCUUGAAGCAGCUUGAGGCCAGACCUACUGCUAGGAGGCAUGGGAGUGAUCUAUCCUGCCAGCUAUUUCCCUUCCUUUCCUCCUUCUGCUGAUCAAAGUCCUGUCCUUUAAGACCCUGAAGCUUUCCUAGGUGGAGUUAAUCUCUCUUUUCAGUAUUCUUUGUCCUCUUGUGGGUCAUCUUACUCUACUUUUAUUUAGUAAAUAAAAUAAUUUCAAUAAAAAUUAUUUUAUUGAAAACUCCAUUACUCGAUGGUUACAGCCUGAUGAGGCCAGACUUAGAUGUCUUUCUCAUGAUUGCUUUGCCUUGCACAUAUCAAAUGUCUGUAGAAUUGAAUGAAUGCUGUCUGUGUUAAAGUCAGCACCAGGCUUUCCAAAGGCUGCCCCUUCUAGGCUGCUUUUCCCAGCAGCCUCAUCCAUUCCUUCCUCACUCCACCAGGAGAGAAGAUGCAGCUUUACUCUUUUUGAUGUUACCAUGGUAGCCUGUGAUACUUUCUUUCUAAAGUGCUGCUUGCCAUCCACCAGAGACUGAUGUUUCCAUGGCAACCAGGUGAAGCUGGAUACAGGAAAGGAAUUCCGGUCUGAGAAGCUGCAUAUCUGAAUCUUCUAGCUUCAGACAUCCUUUCCCCUCUCUCCUAACUUUUGCACUUCAUAUCCAGGACUGGUUUGCUCUCUGGUGUGCCCUUGGUUGAGAGAGCUCUGUGAAAGUGAGGUGAAGCAGACCAACCAACUUAGAUCAUGUGAGAAGGUGGGUGCAAGGAAAGAGCUGAUCAAAGAUCACUUCAAAAAGUUGGAUGAAGUCUAUUAGUUGUUCAGAUGAUCUGCUCUCAAGAGCCCUUAAGGAGUUGGCUGGAGUUUCUGGAGAGCCAUUAAGCAGUUAUUUUUGAGAGCAAUGGGUAGAUGGAUGAGGUGCCUGAAGACUGGAAAGGAGCCAGUCAGUGCCGGAUUGUAGAAAGGAGAAACAAUGACCUUGGAAAUUGGAGACCUGUCAAACUUGCCAAUGUUCCAGAACCGAUGAGAGUUUCAGUCAGCUUUCAGGCAUCAGGAAGCCUACUUGCUUAGAAUCAGUGGUGCUAAGAAUUCGCCUCCUCAACUCCUGAGCAUAAGCAAGUUAGGGGACCUCCACCCUGUAGCUGAGUGUCACACUCUGGAACCACACAGCAUGGUUCAGAUCCCUCUUCCCUCACAAACUAGCUGAAUAAGCUUGGGUAAGUUACUUCACUUCUCUCACGCUUCAUCUGUAAACAGGAAAUGAUAACACCUAUCUCAUAGGGAUGUUGUGAGAAUUCAUUGAGAAAGGUUUGGAACUUGGCUUAUUACUGUCCUCAGUAUUUUCACUCCUCUGGAUGCCUACUCACUCAAUUUUAUAGCUGACUUCAUUCUCCCCAACUUCAGAGCUAAAGGUUUAUGGGGAAAAGCAAGGGCGGUGCAAUGGUGAAAAUAAAUCUUCAUUUUUAAAUAAAUAAAUUGUUCCUGUGCUAAAGCCCCAAGCUUACAAGGUCUUGGGUCACACAUAACCUGCCUAGUUUUCAGGAAAACAAAUCCCACUAGCCCAGUCUCUUUAUGCUUGAAGUUCUGUCCACAUAGUUAGAUUUUAACUGGUUUCGAAAAAUCAAAAUGAGCCCACCUCACAGUUACCUUCAAGGUACCUAACACCAUUAGCUUUGUCUGGCAGGGGAAAAAUACCAGGGCACUCCGUUUUGUUUUGUUUUGUUUUGAGACAGGGUCUGGCUCUGUUGUUCCUGCUGGAGUACAGUGGUGCCAUCACAGCUCACUGCAGUCUCAACCUCCUGAGCUCAAAUGAUCCUCUUGAUUAGCUGGAACUACAGGUAUGUGCCACUAUGCCCAGCUAAGUUUUGUAUUUUUUGUAGAGAUGGGGUCUUGCUAUGUUGCCCAGCUGGUCUCGAACUCCUGGGCUCAAGUGAUCCUCCCUCCUUGGCCUCCCAAAGUGCUAGGAUUAUAGGUGUGAGCCACCACAACUGCCUGAGAGCACCCUCUGUUACCACCCUUUCCUUAGCGUCUCAGCCUCCCCCAAGCACCUGUCUUUGUUGGUCUCCAGAGCCUAGCCCUACACUGGCAUUUUCCUUUCUGAAUAAGUAUUUUAUUUAUUUAUUUUUAUUUUUUCUUUGAGAUGGAGUUUCACUCUUGUUGCCCAGGCUGGAGUGCAAUGGUGCCAUCUUGGCUCACCGCAACCUCUGCUUCCUGGGUUCAAGUGAUUCUCUUGCCUCAGCCUCCUGAGUAGCUGAGAUUACAGGUGCGCGCCACCACUCCCAGCUAAUUUUGUAUUUUUAGUGGAGACAGGGUUUCUCCAUGUUGGUCAGGCUGGUCUCGAACUCCUGACCUCAGGUCAUCCGCCCGCCUUGGCCUCCCAAAAUGCUGGGAUUACAGUCCUGAGCCACUGCACUGGGCCUUAUUUAUUUACUUAUUUUUAAUUAAUUAAUUAAUUUUUUUUGAGAUGGAGUCUCGCUCUGUCGCCCAGGCUGGAGUGCGGUGGCACGAUCUCGGGUCACUGCAAGCUCUGCCUCCCAGGUUCACGCCAUUCUCCUGCCUCAGCCUCCCGAGUAGCUGGGAAUACAGAUGCCCGCCACUACGCCUGGCUAAUUUUUUGUAUUUUUUAGUACAGACGGGGUUUCACUGUGUUAGCCAGGAUGGUUUCGAUCUCCUGACCUUGUGAUCUGCCUGCCUUGGCCUCCCAGAGUGCUGGAAUUAUAGGCGUGAGCCACUGCGCCCAGCUGGGCCUUAUUUAUGUAUUUUUCUGAGACAGAGUCUCAUGCUAUCACCCAGGCUAGAGUGCAGUGGCAUGAUCUCUGCUCACUUCAACCUCUGCCUCCUGGGUUCAAGUGAUUCUCCUGCCUCAGCCUCCCGAGUAGCUGGAAUUACAGGCACCCGCCACCAUGCCUGGCUAAUUUUUGUAGUUUUUUUUAGUAGAAAUAGGGUUUCACCAUGUUGGCCAGACUGGUCUCAAACUCUUGACCUCAAGUGAUCCACCCACCUCGGCCUCCCAAAGUGCUGGGAUUACAGGCGUGAGCCACUUGCCCGACCUGAGUAAGUAUUUUAAAUCAGCACAGGUCCUCUGCUUAAAGUCAAGUUAUAAUUUGAACACAGAAAUGGAAAAUCAUGCAGUAAAAUACCAUCGCGGAACUUUAAUUGCCAAUCUUUCCCCCAACCUUCCAUCAAACGACAAAACCCAAUAAAGUGUUACCUGUGAGUCCUAUGGGAGGCAUGUUGGACUUUGUAGACCAUAACUUAAAUUUUUAUCUCCAAAUGGUGCUAUGCUUUGAAAGUUUAGCAAGCUGCUUUGAUGCCUAAAUAAGGGGCCAGGACAUAGAUUGCAAAAGGCAUUGCUACUUCCACUGCUUCUCUGUAUAAUGCUUGAGAAAUUACAAAGAUCUUUGCUCUUUUAUUUAGUCCUCAUGACUUUGCUACAAGGUAGGUAUUCUUCAUUUUAGAGUUGGGAUAGCAUAGCUGAGUUCAGCAAACCAGACAGGUUAAGAGUGACUUCAUCCACAGACCCCAAUCCAGGAAACAUCCUGAGCACUAACUGAAAAGCAUUCAAGGGCUCACUGAAUUUGCAUUCACAUCUGGAGUUUUCUUUUUUUUUUUUUUUUUUUUGAGACGGAGUCUUGCUCUUUCGCCCAGGCUGGAGUGCAGUGGCGCAAUCUCGGCUCACUGCAAGCUCCGCGUCCCGGGUUCACGCCAUUCUCCUGCCUCAGCCUCUCCAAGUAGCUGGGACUACAGGCGCCCGCCACCACGCCCGGCUAAUUUUUUGUAUUUUUUAGUAGAGACGGGGUUUCACCGUGGUCUCGAUCUCCUGACCUUGUGAUCCGCCCGCCUCGGCCUCCCAAAGUGCUGGGAUUACAAGCGUGAGCCACCGCGCCCGGCCUCACAUCUGGAGUUUUCAAGGCCACUAAGCUGUGGAAACUUGACAUCAAUAUUCAAAUAGAUGAACAGGGACCUUGAGCAUAUCCAUCAGGGAGUCACCAAGAUGAUAAAGGCCUGAGAAGCAGUAUGCUCUUGUCUGGUGUUUGUGUCCUUUGACGACUGCACCAUCCACCCAAAUUUUGCUGCCUUCUUUAUAGGAAGGGCCUUUUCCUCAUGUGGUGGGCUGCCCACUGUUUCUCCUCUGUGCAUUUGCUCAUGUAGUUUGACCACAAGGAAUGCUUUUCCUUCUUUCUCUCAACUAUCUAUAGCCUACAUACCCUUUAAGGCCCAGUUUCUAAAAUAUGUCUUCCAAAUUUACUGUUUCUUCCAUUCAGAAUUCCUGGAGCACAUGAGGUAGCCCCCAGUUAGAUAGAAUGUGGUAUUGUUUGCUGCUAUUUUGCCUGUUUUGUGCUGUAUCACCUCAUCCAUCUCCCCAGCUUAAUUGUAAGCUAUUUGAGGGGCAGAGAUUGUGUCUUAUUUGUAUUUGUUUUCCCCACUGGGCCCGGCACAGUGAUUAGCAUAUUGCAGAUGUUUAGUACUUGAGAGAAACAAAAUGUCUUCUAGCAUUUGUGGAUGAAAGAUUAAAAUGUCCAGGAAAAUUUA